AUGAACGUCAGUGGGGGUUUACCUCAAAGAGCAGAGAUCGUAGCUGCUGCUCUGAACCUCGAUGGGCCCUCUAGAAGAGAAUUGGCCCUGACACUUCUAUGGUCUUUACCUCGGAACGAGGUUAUUGACGUGAACCAAAGACUGUUCCAUAUGAUGCAAAAGGACAUCGUCGGACUCCUGCCCUCAGAACUGACAAUGCUGAUUUUGGCCAACUUGGACAUCAAAGACCUUUUAUCUUGUUGUCUAGUAUCCCGCACAUGGGCAAGAAGAAUCAAUGAUCAAUCCCUUUGGGGUCGCUUGUGUGCUGCCCAUCUCCCGACCAUCGUCCCAGCCGAAGCGACAUGGGCUGAUCUAUCUCUCCAUCGCCAGCUAUUACAUCUCUCCAAUCAUGUAGCUCCAGCUUCUCCGUAUGUCGAUGACGACUCUGAUGAUAAUGUUGAGAUGGAACUGCUGGACGUUUUGAAGUCUCAAGGCGGUUUAGGUGGUGGUGGCGGUGUAGCCUCUCAUUCCUCGCCUCGUCCAGGUAUGCGUAGAAGCGUUUGGGAAAGAUCGAGCUCAACUUUACCUACCCAUAUCCGUUAUCAAUCUUCCCGUCCGGCUCCUGUACCCUCUACGAUGGGACAUGAUCAUUCCUCAUUGGACGAACCGCCCAUUCUAUCCCACCUCCCGCUCCCAGCUCCUCACCCUCAAGUCAACUUCAAGCAUCUUCAUUUGGUUCAUGACAUUCUCUCGCGUCGUAUGCGAGGUUUGUCUCCUCUACAAUUAUCAUCGCUAGACCCUACACCGAGGGGAAGAAUAGGACGCCCUCGAGUACCAGCCAAGCUAUCAUUGGACGCAAUCACCUCGAUCGAAGCUGGAGGUUUGCCAGGUCAUUCCGAGUGCGUUUACGCUCUUGAGCUCAUACAUCGACCUAUGAAGAUUUCUCUGGCACAAGUGUGUGGAGAUUCUACUGUUCCACCUCCCCCAUCUCCCUUCGAUGGGUUCAUGAACCUCACUUCCUCACGGGGAUCCCGACGUGCGAGUCAUCCAGGAUUCUCUUCAUCUUCGACGCAGACUCAGCCCGUGGUGGUGAAUGGGAACGAAUGGCUUCUCACGGGAUCGAGAGAUAACACUCUUCGAUUAUGGCAACUGGCGUGCACCAAGCCUAGAGUUGUAAAGAUCUUCCAUGGAGGUCAUACAGGAUCUGUACUAGCUCAUUGUGUUGUGGAAGUACCAAUCGAGGAAAACAGACGGGAGUCGGGCGCGGUCGAGUUUGGACCGUCACCAUUAAAAUCAUACGACUCGAUAGGGAAACAGAAGGAUGGGAAGACUCGUAUCAUGGCGGUGAGCAGUGGGAGUGAUGGAAAGAUAUGUCUCUGGGAUGUGGAGCAUGGAGAUGGUACACCCGAUCUGGUCUGUCAGGCACAUGAAGAUUCGGUGCUUUGCGUCAAGGGAGAUGAUGAACGUGUCGUCAGCUGCUCGAAAGACAAAACUAUUAGGUUAUUCACGAUUAAAGAUCUGCAAGAGACCCUCGUGAUCCAUGCGUCCUCAGAAGAAGGUCGACAUAGAGGUGCAGUGAAUGCCGUGGGGCUUUCCAAAGAAUACAUCGUGUCUGGUUCCGGAGACAAGACCGUCAGAGUCUGGGAUAUCCAUACCGGUUCUUUGCUGGCAGCUGUAGAAGCACAUUCUAGGGGAAUCGCCUCCGUCGCUUUCUCCUCUCAACCAUCACCAUACUCCUCUUUUGAACCAAAAAUGGGGUAUACAUACAAAGGUACCAUUAUCACAGGAUCUGCCGAUGCUAGUAUACGUACUUUUCAUCUCCUCGCUCGUUCUACCUCGUCUUUCACCUCGGUCAGAACGGUAUCCUCAGAGUUGGUUCCACCGAUGGAAGACCUCACUUUCAGAGAAAUGCUCGAUACGGAACAUGAUGUGGAUAUGUCUCCUAUCAACAGUGAUCAUGAUGAGCUCGUCUUGGACAAAGGUCCCAUUUGUUGGGCGUCUUGUAUCUGUCCACAGGGGACAAGAGUGGAGGGUAGAUCUUGUGGGCGAUGUUUUAAUAGAGGACAUACGGAUUUGGUCAGGAGUUUACAUUUGGGAGAAGAGGUGAUUUUGUCUGGAAGUUAUGAUUCUACUGUAAAAGUAUGGGAUAGGAAAUCCGGUUCUUUACUCCUCGCUUUAGCUGGUGCUCAUUCCGGUCGAGUUUUCGCCGUCACAGGUGACAGGAGAAAGAUCGUAUCUUCUGGUUUUGAUUGUAGAAUCACUAUCUGGGAUUUCUCCGAAGGUCUCGAUACUUCUUUUGUUCGACCUUGA